CAGACCUCUGACCAGACAGGUCUGACCUCCCUGGACCCUGCAGCCAUGCGGCUCCUAUGGGGACUGCUCUGGGUGCUGAGCGUCGUUGCCUUGUCUCUGCAGAAGCCCAGGUUGCUCCUCUUCUCCCCUUCUGUGGUGAAUUUGGGGGUCCCUCUGUCAGUGGGAUUGCAGCUCCAGGAUGCCCCUCCAGGACAGCAAGUAAAAGGAUCAGUGUUCCUGAGAAACCAAAAUGGUCGCAUCUGCAGCCCAAAGAAGGAUUUUGUGCUCAGUUCAGGAAAUGGUUUUGUGCUUCUCAGCCUCGAGGUCCCACUGCCUUAUGUGAGCAACUGUGGCCUCUUUGAGCUACGCAGAGCCCCCCACGUCCAGCUGGUGGCUCAGUCUUCCUGGCUAAAGAGCUCCCUGUCCAAAGCCACAGACACACAGGGCGUCAACCUACUGUUCUCUUCUCGCCGUGGGCACAUCUUCGUGCAGACUGACCAGCCUGUUUAUAACCCUGGCCAGCGGGUUCGUUACCGGGUUUUUGCUCUGGAUCACAAGAUGCGCCCUUCCACCGACACCCUCACAGUUAUGGUGGAGAACUCUAAUGGCCUCCGUGUUCGGAAGAAGGAGGUGUUUGCUCCUACGUCCAUCUUCCAGGAUGACUUCGUGAUCCCAGACAUCUCAGAGCCGGGGACCUGGACGAUCUCAGCGAGGUUCUCAGACGGCCUGCAGUCCAAUAGAAGUGCCCUCUUUGAGGUGAAGAAAUACAUUCUUCCCAACUUUGAAGUGAAGAUCACCCCACAGAAGCCAUAUAUCCUGUCAGUGCCCGGCUACAUGGAUGAAAUACAGUUAGACAUCCAGGCCAGGUAUAUCUACGGGAAGCCCGUGCAGGGUGUGGCGUACACGCGCUUUGCACUCAUGGAUGAGGAUGGGAAGAGGACUUUCCUUCGGGGCCUGGAGACACAGACCAAGUUGGUGGAAGGCCAGAGUCAAGUUUCCAUCUCAAAGGACCAGCUCCAGGCUGCCCUGGGUAAAGUCAGUGUUGGGGCUGCAGACCUGGAGGGGCUGCGCCUCUAUGCCGCGGCAGCCGUCAUCGAGUCUCCAGGUGGGGAGAUGGAGGAGGCAGAGCUCACAUCCUGGCGCUUUGUGUCAUCUGCCUUCUCCUUGGACCUCAGCAACACCAAGCAGCACCUUGUGCCUGGAGCCCACUUCGUGCUGCAGGCUGUGGUCCGAGAGAUGUCAGGCUCCACAGCCUCUGACAUUCCUGUCAAAGUUUCUGCCACGUUCUCCGCUGGCUCUGGCUCAAGAGUCCUCGACUUAGAGCAGAACACCAACAGGAUUGGCCAAGUCAGCCUUUCUAUCCCUGUCCCACCAGGCACCACAGAACUGCAGCUCUUGGUGUCUGCAGGCUCUGUCCAUCCUGCCCUAGCCAGGCUCACAGUGAAAGGCCCACCUCCAGGAAGCUCUGGCUUUCUGUCCAUUGAGCCCCAAGACCUUCAACCCCCUCGUGUGGGGGACAACUUCAUCCUUAACCUGCGAACUGUGGGCAUUAAGGGGCCUACCUUCUCUCAUUACUACUACAUGAUCCUCUCCCGGGGCCAGAUCGUGAUCAUGAACCGGGAGCCCAGGAGGACCCUGACCUCUGUCUCCAUCCUGGUGGACCAUCGCCUGGCCCCUUCCUUCUACGUUGUGGCCUACUUCUACCACCAAGGACUUCCUGUGGCCAACUCCCUACUCAUUCAUGUGCAGCCUGGGGACUGUGAGGGCCAGCUGGAACUGAACGUGGAUGGUGCCAAGGAGUAUCACACUGGGGACAGCAUGAAGCUGCAGAUUAAGACAGACCCCGAAGCCCUGGUGGCCCUGGGCGCCGUGGACACAGCUCUGUAUGCUGUGGGUGGCAAGACUCACAAACCCCUCGACAUGGGCAAGGUCUUUGAAGUAAUGAACAGCUACAACCUUGGCUGUGGUCCUGGAGGUGGGGACAAUGCCCUUGAGGUGUUCCAGGCUGCUGGUCUGGCCUUUUCUGAUGGAGACCAACUAAGUCAAGUCAGGGAGGGCCUGAGCUGUCCCAAGGAGAAGAAAAGCCGGCAAAAGAGAAGCGUGGACUUCCAGAAGGCUGUCAGUGAGAAGUUGGGCCAGUAUGCUUCCCCAGAGGCCAAGCGCUGCUGCCAGGACGGGCUGACAAGGUUGCCCAUGGUGCGCACCUGUGAGCAGCGGGCAGCCCGGGUGCGGCCGGCCAGCUGCCAGGAGCCCUUCUUGUCCUGUUGCCUGUUUGCUGAGGUCCUGCGCAAGAACCAGACCAGAAGCCAGGCGGGCUUUGCCCGAGCCCAGGAGGUGCUGCAGGAGGAAGACCUGAUUGAUGAAGAUGACAUCCUCGUGCGCAGCUACUUCCCGGAGAACUGGCUCUGGAGAGUGGAGCCCGUGGACCGCUCCAAACUGCUGACACUGUUGCUCCCUGACUCUCUGACCACAUGGGAGAUUCAUGGCGUGAGCCUGUCCAGAAGCAAAGGCCUGUGUGUAGCCACACCGACCCGUGUGCGCGUGUUCCGAGAAUUCCACCUGCAUCUGCGCCUGCCCACCUCUGUCCGCCGCUUUGAGCAGCUCGAGUUGCGGCCCGUUCUCUACAACUAUCUCAAUACUGACGUGACUGUGAGUGUCCAUGUGUCCCCCGUGGAAGGACUGUGCAUGGCUGGUGGUGGAGGACUGGCUCAGCAGGUGUCGGUGCCCGCAGGCUCUGCCCGGCCUGUGGCCUUCUCUGUGGUACCCACGGCUGCUGCCUCUGUGUCCCUGAAAGUGGUGGCUCGAGGGUCUAUUGAGAAUUUCGUGGGAGAUGCUGUCUCUAAGAUUCUGCAAAUCGAAAAGGAAGGGGCCAUCCACAGAGAAGAGAUGGUCUACGAACUCAACCCCCUGGAUAACCGAGCCCGGACUUUGGAAAUUCCCGGCAGCUCUGAUCCCAACAUCAUCCCUGAUGGGGAUUUCAGCAGCUUCGUCAGGGUUACAGCCUCUGAACCCUUGGAAACUUUGGGCUCUGAAGGCGCCUUGUCCCCGGGAGGCGUGGCCUCCCUUCUGAGACUUCCCCGGGGCUGUGCGGAACAAACCAUGAUCUAUUUGGCUCCUACUCUGACUGCUUCCCACUACCUGGACAAGACAGAGCAGUGGAGCAGACUACCCCCUGAGACCAAGGACCGUGCUGUGGAGCUCAUCCAGAAAGGGCACAUGCGCAUCCAGCAGUUCCGGAAGAAAGAUGGCUCCUUUGGGGCUUGGUUGCACAGGGACAGCAGCACCUGGCUCACGGCCUUUGUGCUGAAGAUCCUGAGUUUGGCGCAGGAGCAGGUGGGCGACGCCCCAGAGAAGCUGCAGGAGACGGCUGCCUGGCUGUUGUCCCAGCAGCUGGGUGAUGGCUCAUUCCACGACCCAUGUCCAGUCAUUCACAGAGACAUGCAGGGGGGCUUGGUGGGUCAUGAUGAGAAUGUGGCCCUCACUGCUUUCGUGGUCAUUGCCCUUCACCAUGGACUGGACGUCUUCCCAGACGGGAGUGCCCAGCAGCUGAAGGACAGAGUGGAAGCCUCCAUCUCCAAGGCAAAUGAGUUCUUGGGGCAGAAGGCCAGUGCUGGGCUCCUGGGCGCCCACGCAGCUGCCAUCACAGCCUAUGCCCUGACACUGACCAAGGCCUCCGAGGACCUGAGGAAUGUUGCCCACAACAGCCUGAUGGCCAUGGCUGAGGAAGCCGACGGAAACCUCUACUGGGGCUUCGUCCCUGGCUCUCAGAACGAUGUUGUGUUGCCCACCCCGGCUCCUCGUAGCCCAUCAGAACCUGUGCCCAGGGCCCCAGCCCUGUGGAUCGAGACCACAGCCUAUGGCCUCUUACAUCUGCUGCUGAGGGAGGGCAAGGGAGAAAUGGCCGACAAGGCCGCAUCCUGGCUCACCCACCAGGGCAGCUUCGAAGGGGGAUUCCGUAGUACCCAGGACACAGUGGUCACUCUGGACGCCCUGUCUGCAUACUGGAUCGCUUCCCACACCGCAGAGGAGAGGGUCCUCAACGUGACUCUCAGUUCCCUGGGCCGCAAUGGGUUCAAGUCUCACGCGCUGCAACUGAACAACCACCAGGUCAAGGGCCUGGAGGAGGAGCUGAAGUUCUCCCUGGGCAACAAGAUCACUGUGCAGGUCGGAGGGAACAGCAAAGGCACCUUGAAGGUCCUCCGUACCUACAAUGUCCUGAACCUGAAGAACACGACCUGUCAGGACCUGCAGAUGGAAGUGACAGUCACAGGCUAUGUGGAAUACUCCCGGGAAGCCUACGAGGACUAUGAAGACUAUGAGGAUGAUUUGCCAGCUGCGGAUGAUCCGAGUGCCCACUCUCAGCCUGUGACACCCCUGCAGCUGUUUGAGGGUCGAAGGAGCCGCCGCAGAAGGGAGGCUCCCAAGGUGGCAGAGGAGCAGGAGUCCAGAGUGCAGUACACUGUGUGCAUCUGGCGCACGGGCAAGGAGGGGUUGUCUGGCAUGGCGAUCGCAGACAUCACCCUCCUGAGUGGAUUUCACGCCCUGAGGGCCGACCUGGAGAAGCUGACAUCCCUCUCUGACCGGUAUGUGAGUCACUUUGAGACCGAUGGGCCCCAUGUCCUGCUGUACUUCGACUCGGUCCCGACCACCCGGGAGUGUGUGGGCUUUGGAGCCCUGCAGGAGGUGGCCGUGGGGCUGGUGCAGCCGGCCAGCGCUGUCCUGUAUGACUACUACAGCCCUGACCACAAGUGCUCUGUGUUUUAUGCUGCACCGAGUAAGAGCAAGCUCCUGUCCACCUUGUGCUCUGCCGAUGUCUGCCAGUGUGCCGAGGGGAAGUGCCCUAAACAGCGCCGCUCUCUGGAGCGAGGGGAGCUGGACAAGGAUGGCUACAGGAUGAAGUUUGCCUGCUAUUAUCCCCGAGUGGAGUAUGGCUUCCAGGUUAAGGUUCUCCGAGAAGAUGGCAGAGCUGCCUUCCGCCUCUUUGAGACCCAGAUCACCCAAGUCCUGCAUUUCAGCAAGGAUGCCAAGGCUUCUGUAGGUCAGACUCGCAACUUCCUGGUCCGGGCCUCUUGCCGCCUCCGCCUGGAGCCUAACAAAGAAUACUUGAUCAUGGGUCUGGACGGGGUCACCAGUGACCUCAAGGGAGACCCUCAGUACUUGCUGGACUCCAACAGCUGGAUCGAGGAGAUGCCCUCGGAGCGCCUGUGCCGGAGCACCCGUCAGCGGGCAGCCUGCGUGCAGCUCCAUGACUUCCUGCGGGAGUACAGCACCCAGGGGUGCCAGGUGUGAGGUGCAGGACUCUGGACCCCUGAGCUCAGCCCAGGACUUAGGCAUAAAUAAAAGCUUUUGACAGCAAA